UCCGCCAUCUUGGAACAUGGGAUCACUUGUACCUAGUUCUACGCGGUUAGCCUUAUACGCCUGGCAGAAAUUGUCUUAAUGGCGUCCACAAGCACGGUUCAGCACAAAGUUACGAGGGAAAAUUGGUUGGAAGCGCAUCCAAAAUUCAAAGAAAUACAAUCGUAUGGAUUUUAUAACGAAAAGAUACCGCUAGCAAGAGCUGCUAUCGGUGUGUACAUGGACUUAUGUGAAAGCAAGCACUGGUUUAAGGUUUGCAUUCAUCCUUGCGAGUCUUUGAAGUUAGUGUACAUAACUGGAAAGCGGACCAAGAAAUCCCAGUUUGAUGUUGUAGUUCCGCUUACGAUAGAUACAACAUUAACAACAGAGGAAAUUCAUGAUAUUAUUCAGGAAGUUAAUCUGUGCGAAGAAGAAACUGAGGAAGGGGCAGAUGCAUGUCGUAGUCGCGUGAGCUCCAAAGUAACAAUGGCUUUCUAUGAGGCUGAUUCCACCAUUGUCUAUUACGACUUUUCUCAAGGACUUGUUCCACCGGAUCCACCAACUGAAGAAGAGGAAGUGAAACCGAAACGUAAAAGAACAAGACCGAAGAAAGGCAAGAAAACAUCUUCAUGAAAUCGCAUAAAAACAAGGAGCAGUUCGUUCGAUAGCGAACAUAGAAAUAUGUUCUCCACAACGCUUCGGUACUAGCGCUCUUGAAAACCAUUAAUACUCUAUUAAGCUUCUCAGGAGCUGAUAUUGUAAAGAGAAAUUACUCAUUGGUCACUUCCAGGGAUGAAUAUAGAAGCUGAUCAGUGCUCUAAAAGCAGUAUUCCUUUUUAAUUCAUAGGAAUAGAGGAUUGAAUUUGACACAAUCUUCGCUACACCUUAGACCAAAAAGCUCUGUUUUUUCUCCUUUUCCUCUCAACAAUUGGUGUCCUUUUCUUGCCUUUUUAACAGUAAGUUCUGCUAAAGUUGUGAUCUUAAGAUUUUGUUUUGCAAAAAUACUUGGCUGUAAGAAGCACCCCAAUUUCAGUACUAACUCUCCAACCAAAGACAGAAUUUUCUCAAAAAAACGGUGCGCCUUAUAACCAAGAAACUAUGGUAAUGACCCUUUCACUCCUGGAAGUGAUUAAUGUGGGAUUGAGUUAUUUCUCUCUACAAUAUCAACACAAUAUCAAGCAGGUGUGGGCAGUCAGAGGAAUAAGAAGGAGAACCAAGGUACACCUGUUCAAGACUUUAGUCCUACCGGUCCUGAUAUGUGGUUGUGAAACAAGGAAGAUCACAAAGGCCAAUGAAAGAAAACUGAACAGUUUCCAAUGCCAAUGCUUAAGAUGGAUACUGAGGAUUAGAUGGCAGCAAAGAAUGAAAAACAAUAGAAUGGUAGAAAUAAAUGAAAUUAGCUGUGAGGUGCAAAGAAGAAGGUGGAGCUGGUCAGGACACAUACUCAGGAGAGAGGGUGUGAACAACUGUUUUAUGGCAUUGGGGUGGACAGCAGAAGGUCGAAAGGUGAGAGAGAGACCAAAGACCACUUGGAGAGGGACUUUCGCAAGAGAGAGAGGCAAGGCAGGGUGGAAGAGCUGAGAUGUGGCCAAGGUGGCAACAGGCAACAAGGGGGGUUGGGUGGACAAUGUGAUGGCCUUAUGCACCUACUGGCACACCAAGCAAUGAUUAUUAUGAUGAUCAUGAUCAAGCAGACUGUUGAUGAGAUUGAAGAAAAAUAUGAAAAAGGGAUUAGCAUUUGAUUCUUAAGUCUCAGAAUUUACCAAAGGAAAAAUUUAUGGCAGAUAACAAGGAUAAUUCCUUUUGAGAUUGAGGGAGCACAGGCAACCCAAGCUUGAUACAUUUGUAAGGGGAUUUAGAUUAUGCCAUAUCUUUACCUGUAUUGGAAUAAAAGUUGCUUGACAAACAUGUUGUGUCAUUCUGUUGAUUUGUGACUCCUGUGUGUAAUUUAGAGAGGUAUUAAUGGAAAGUACUCACUCCUUCUAUUUAAGUGUAGUGAGUACUUUCAGUUAAUAUCUCGCUAUAGAACACACAGGAGUCACAAAUCAACAAAUGACACAACAGGUAAGUCAAGCAAUUUUUAUGCAACACAUAUUCAGUUUUAUUUUUGGCUCAUGAAAAUUAAUAUUUCCAAUCAUCCAGACUCUCAGUUAUCCAGACCAUUUAACCCAGUCCCCAUAAGUCUAGAUAGUCCAGGUUCAACUGUAACUUGAAAGCUUUUUAGCAUUCUGUUACAGAUCCUACAUGUUCUGAUUGGUGACCACACUUCCUAACAACUUUCCAGUAUAAUUCAUACAGUAAAUGGUGCAUUUUCUUCCUCAUGAAAAUCAUUACAAAAAAGACCACAUGGCUGCCCUUAUGUCUGUGUCUUAAUGAAAUUGAGGCAGACUAAUACAUUUUCCCAGAUUGAUACUGGCCAGAGUAGCCUGAUGCUUGAAGUG